AUACACGCGCACACACACUGACAAACGGCUACAUUUUUUUUCGAGUGUGUUCGACAUUCAUAAUUUUUGUGGUGAGGCUGCUUGCAAAAAUUAAAAGUUUUAAGUAUCCAACGAAAUAUUGGUCAUAACUACUAAUAAAAAUCACCAAUAUCUUGGCGCUGUUUCGCUGUGACUUAACCCCAGUUCACCCGAAAAGGAAGUUGCCGCAGCUGAAAAAUGUCGAGCCUGCCACGUCGCAUCAUCAAGGAGACGCAGCGCCUGAUGCAGGAGCCCGUUCCGGGAAUCAAUGCCAUUCCCGAUGAGAACAAUGCACGAUACUUCCAUGUGAUCGUGACCGGACCGAACGAUUCGCCCUUCGAGGGCGGCGUGUUUAAGCUGGAAUUGUUCCUACCGGAGGAUUAUCCGAUGUCGGCGCCCAAGGUGCGGUUCAUCACGAAGAUCUAUCAUCCGAACAUCGAUCGUUUGGGCCGCAUCUGCUUGGACGUGCUGAAGGACAAGUGGAGUCCGGCGCUGCAGAUCCGCACCAUAUUGCUAUCGAUCCAGGCCCUGCUCAGUGCACCCAAUCCCGAUGAUCCUCUGGCCAACGAUGUGGCCGAGUUGUGGAAGGUCAACGAGGCGGAGGCCAUUCGCAAUGCCCGCGAAUGGACCCAGAAAUAUGCCGUCGAAGACUGAACGCCCGAGGUCAGGAGGAAAGUCAGGAAGCGGAUACGGCAAUUGUAUCGGCGAUUUUCCAGAAAGUGGGUGCGCGACAUGGACGGGCGGGUGGGGAAAAUGCAUACUUUAAAAACAACCACAAAAACCUAAAGCAUAUGAAAGAAAGCAGAAAAUAAGGAGAAAGAAAGUAAGAAAAAAAAGAUUACAAAACGAUAAUGUUUUUUUUUCAAACCUUCUGGGGCGGGAUAUACAUAAUACAUAUAUUUUUUUCAACCAAUCGAUCGGGGCGAUCGGCAAAGGAGGAGAGAUAGCGAAAGCAUUCUUUAUGUAAGUCAUAUACAAUACAUGUAUCCCAAAAACAAAACAAAAAAAAAAACAACACACACACAGUAAUUGGUUUAAAUCACUUCGAUUGAUUUGUUCGAGGGGUCUGGUGUCUAUAUGCAUAUAGCCGUAUAUAUUUGUAUGUGUAACUGAAAUAACCAACCCAUAAACAUUAACCCAUGUAGCAUCAGAAAAUAAAUCAAUUGGAAAGGCAACUAGAAAAGGGUUUUGAUUUUCUCUUAACGUUUCACUGAAAACUCUGGUUCGAUUUCUAUUUAAAAUUGUAUCAUUUUCAAUGUUUAAAUAAAUUACAGAUGUGAUCGUAAA